CUCAUCUCCAUCUCUCACCCGCCGUUGCUCACCAUGUCCACCGAGGAGACUGCACAAAUUGACGAAAAUCCAAACACUGAAUCGCAAGAUGCUCAGAUGCAAGACGCGGCCUCCCCAAGAUCCGCGGCAGCGGAGGCCAGGAAGCGUCCACGCCUAGAUCUCACGACGGAUGCGCGCGAGCGUAAGCGUGGAAAGACGAUGUUUGGACUUGUCUUGGGCACGCUAAACAAAGCGAAGAAUGAGGAUAGGGAGCGCCAGAACAGCGAAGCGGCCAAGAAGAGGCAGAUGAUAGAGCAGAGGUUACAGGAUAAGCUGCGCAAAGAGACUGACUCUGUCAGGAGAGCCGAAGAGGCGAAAAAGGACAAGACGAGCGCGAACCGUAAGGAGGAAGAGCUGCAACUGAAGGACUCUAUCUAUAAGCAGCGCCGUACACGGCUACCUCUGCUUGCGAACUUCCUGUCCACAGCUGACCACAUAACCCGAGAUGAUUCAUCAUCACCCUCUUCUACCGACCCAUUAGCACUCCCGCCGAAAUCGCACCCACCGCCACUAUACUACCUUCCUGCCAUACUACUACCGGAACAAGAAGCUUUCCUCAAUCAUCGGAAAACGGAAAUCAAAGACGCCGCGGAACGUGAGUGGGAGAGUUUCAAGACCGAGCGGACAACAGGUAUAGAGGAUAUCAGCACGCUGCGACAGCGUGUAGCAGAAGAGGAGGAGCGGAAGAAAAGCGAACGCAAGGAGUCUGGCGAUGGCGCCGAGGAGCAGGAUGUGAAGAUGGAGGAUGCGCGUGACAGGAAGUCCAAGGAUCCUGCACCGUCGAAUGCUGUAGCGAACGAGGAUACUGAGGGAUCCGGUUCUGCCCACCAGAAUGGGGCAACUAUGGAUGUGGACGACGAGAGCGUGCCUGCUGCGGCCAAGGAAGAGGCCAAACAGGACGCGUCAACAACCACGACUAAGGAGUCUUCCUCCGCUGCAUUACUCCAGGCUGCCGCUGGAGACGAAGAUGAAGCCGUUGAGUACUAACAUGUCCCUGUAUUCUUUUCUUGAGGUAUCAGUGCUUCACGCUAUCUUGUUCCCUCUAUUGACUCGCAUCAAUUCUCUCCGAAUAAUGACUUCACGCUUCUCCUAGGAUGCGAGGUCAGUUUCCCUCUGGCACAGUUCAAAUCCUCUCCUGCUCGUUUCCUUUGCUUUCGAUUAUAUUCGCAUCUCCGCAUUUACAAAUUGCGCUGUAUAUUUAAUCGAAUGUCCCCGAGCAGUGAAAAUACC